AUGUCGACAAAAGGGUGGAGCAGGAGAUCAAAGAAAUUCUUUUCGAGGAGCAGUGGGUUAUUUUCAACAUCGUCAUCGGGACUACCUAAAUGGCGACAAUCGCCAAUUGAUUUAUGCAAGACAGCCACGUGGACUAAAAAAUUUCCGCCAUUAUAUCUGACCAACUAUUGGUCAAACGAGGGUUCGGCUACGAUGACGAAUACGGGCAAAACAGUCAGUAUCGAGUUUUCGGAUCGAACACUGCCUUCGAUGAGAGGUGGUCCAUUGGACAACGACGAAUUUCAGUUUAUGAAUUUGCAAUUUCGUUGGGGCGCUGAAAAUUCACUAGGUGCCGAACACUCUGUAAACGGUAUCUGGUACUCCAUGGAGGCACAAAUAAUGCAUUGGAACACCCGUUAUGGAUCCGUGGAAAGGUGCUUCGAUAAACCAGACGGAAUUGCGAUACUAUCGUAUCUCAUGCAGGUCGUUGGUUGUCCUGGAAUCCCUGAUAAUCCCUCCCUGUCACCGAUCACGGACAACUUGUCCAAGAUCAAGAUCAUGGGGAGCAAUACUACAAUUCCACCUGAUUGUCUCCUCUGGAUGUUAGAAGCGUGCAUGGGUCAUGGUUACUAUACUUAUCCCGGUUCCCUCACUAUUCCCCCGUAUAACGAAUGUGUCAUUUGGAUGAUUUCGUCAACUGUAACGAAAAUAUCGUUUCGUCAGAUAGAUGCAUUUCGAAGUCUCUACGACGCCAGAUUGGAGCAUAUAUUAGAAAAUCACAGACAGCAGCAGCCUCUUCGUAGAAGAAGAAUAUUGUUCGCCACGGACAAAGCAGUUGCGUGAAAAAUUGAAAAACCAAGUAGGAGGUCCUGUAUGCAGUGCUAGCGGAAAAUGGGGAAAAGCAAGCCGAGCUUUCAUCUUUAAGCUUAACACGGCGAAUGCGAGGAAUCUUAUUUAUUUAACCCUUUGCAUCCGAUGCAUUUUUUUUUAUUGAUAUCAAUUUUAUUAAAAAUAUAAAAAUCCAGAAAAAUGUAGCGGCAUCUCUCGGCAAA